AUGAAUCGAGCAGUGCCCAUCGUGGUAGCCUUACUAACCACCUUUUUAGGUUUUGCAGUCAUCAUGAUCAUCAUUACAGUGUUAUUGCCUUUUGGAGUGAUGAAUUCAUUGCCUCCGAACUUUUGCUUUCCGACCAAACAUUUGAUUCAAUUUAAAAAGGGAACACAAUUAAGGUUAUUGAGAAGGAAUCGGGUAGGUCUUGGGCGAUUGGCCAUUCAUCAAAUCCAUGCCUCCAAUGGAUCUGAAGAGUAUUUGGGAGAAACUAAUUACAGGACUUGGGCCAUCCCGAAUACCAUUGAUGUUCGCCCGUCCUCUCAUCAAGGCUCACUCAUUGCUCAGGCCGAUUGGUUCUCGUUUGGAACGGCUUUUCAUGUUCAGGAAUGUGUGGUGGAAGAUGAAACGACCGAGGACAAUCACAGUCCCUCAUCAGAAACGGCAACAACAUUUUCAUCACCAUCACCGUCAUCAGAGGAUUCCUCUUCUUCUUCUUCGUAUCGCUUCAUUCACAGAGGAAGAAUUGAAAAGCCUGCAACAUUUUCCUUGAGGGAAUAUCACAUUUUCAAUAAUGAAAACGGUCGUUUGCCCACGAUCAAAGUCAAGGAAAUGUUUGAGAAUGGACCCUAUGUGCAAAUGGAUGUCUUUCUCAUGGACGAGAAUGCGGAAUAUCCAACCAAGACGUUGGCAUCUCUAAAACGAAAGAGUCCAGAGGAAUGGAUCAUUUUGGUGAAAGAGGACACAGUUCCAUCGUUACUGGAUUUUAGAAAUAUAUUCGUGCUCGUUUCUUUGUUGUCAUUUUCAGAAACCAAAUGA